AUGACGGAAGACCAGUGUGAUCAAAGCAACAUGGUGGAUUCCAAGUCGCCACGCAACGCUGACAUCGACAGGCUGCACGAAAAGCUUCAGACCUUGCGAGACCAACAAAACCUCGACGGCGACAAACACUUCCGCGAUCGAUUCUGCGCCAACACUCAGCGACUCCUGCAAGCUGCGCUCGAAGACCCGCACGCCAACUCCAGCGAUGCCCAGAUCGCUCUCAAGGCACUCCGCUACCGCAAGGUCCUGCACCGCCUGGAUGGACUUGACCCUCAAGACCCGACCUUCGGCGUCUCCACGUUCUUCGGCGUCGAGUGGUGCAAAGGACCUGCCUUGGCGACAUCGGUGGGCGGCGUCCUCGGCGCUCCGAUAUGUGCAACGCCAGAGGUGCAGCAAUCCGUAGUCGAGGAACUCAACCUUCAAGACGCACUACCGUCGACAACGGAGACGCUUGCAGAUAGCGGAGACCGUGACCAAUAUUCCGCGUUGGGCGGCGACAGAGAGUUUUUCCUGGACGAAUUCGACACGGAUAGCACCUUCAUCACAACGCCUCGAGUCUUGAGUCAAGAAGACGAACACGAGGUCGUGGGAUACUUGAGUCGAGGUGUGUUCAUGCGCGGCUCUCGCUCGGCCACGCAGCAGGCUAAAGGAGAGUUGGCUCUUCAGAUGUGGUGGGGGGAAAAGUUCGCCGCUGGUCGACUGCACUCCAUGAUCAGGUGCAUGGAAUCUAGCUCUCUUUCAGACGACGAGGAAGACGAUCAGACCUCGUCUCGGCUAACAGCUACCGGACGGCCUUGUUGCUCCGAGCCAGGGUGUACCAACCAGGUCCAGAUGAAGGGCAAGUGCAUGCGUCACGAAGGAGUCUCGCACUGUAAACAUCCAGGCUGUGAAUCCACCGCUCGCUGGCACGGUGUGUGCGUUGAGCACGGCGGGCGUCGCGUGUGCUCGGAAGAUAACUGCUCCAAGCUCAUCCGAAGCGCCGGAAAGUGCGAAGAGCAUGGUGGUCGUUGCUAUAAGCAGUGUUCGCAUCCGGGCUGCACCUCAAAGGUCCAAAAGCGCGGCUUGUGUGUGCCCCAUGGAGGGUUUGCUGUGUGCAAGACUGAGGGCUGCGAGGCUCGAGCUUCCAGCAAAGGCCUCUGCAAACGCCAUGGAGGAGCCAAGAUGUGCCAGGUUGAAGGCUGCGAGAAGGCCAUGUCGAACCGCGGCUACUGCUACAAGCACGGCGUCGAGAAGGGCGUGGUUAAGGUUCAUCAGAAGCCGAAGUGUAAGGCGGACGGGUGUCUGAAGAUUCAAAUGUGCCACGGAUUCUGCUCCAGGCACGCCCAGGAGCGUGGGUUCACUGUCGGCAAGACGUGCAAAGUUAAGGGCUGCACGAAGAUCUCACAGUCCCGAGGCUGCUGCUUAAGUCACGGAGGAGGCACGCGCUGCAAAAUCUCCGACUGCAACCGGCCGAUUGUCACGAAAGGCUUGUGUGCUGCUCAUGGCGGCCGCAAGACUUGCAAGGUGGAGGGCUGUGAGAAGUGGGGGCUAAGUUCGGGUCAGCUAAAGGGAUACUGCGUCCAGCACGGCGGAGGCACUCGAUGCAAGCACCCAGGCUGCAACAAGAGCGUCCAAUACAAGGGGCUGUGCUGCGUUCAUGGAGGCAAACUCAAGUGUGACGCGGAGGGAUGCGACACAAAUGUUAGGGUGAAAGGCUACUGCGCUGUCCACGAGCGAUAA